GCGGCAGCGGGGGCGGAGGGACGGGGCGCACCCGCCCCAGCGGCCCCACAGCCGCCCUGCGCCUCUCGGCCGGCGGCAGCUCCCCGCGCCGCCGCCCCGGCGCCCCGAGCCGGCCGCCGCCUCUCCCCUCCGGCAUGUUUUAAGCCCGGCCCUGCCCGCUCCCCUUCGGGCUUCCCUACCCGCCGCCGUCGGGUCCCGUCCCGUUCGCCCCGGUGGGCGCCCGCGGGGGGCGAGGGCAGAAAAGCCCCGCUCGGCACCAUGGCGUCCAGCUAUGCCCACGCCAUGGAGAGGCAGGCCCUGCUGCCCGCCCGGCUCGACGGCCCCGCCGGCCUGGACAAUUUACAAGCCAAGAAGAACUUCUCCGUGAGUCACCUGCUGGACCUGGAGGAGGCGGGCGACAUGGUGGCCGCCCAGGCGGAGGAAGGCGGCGGCGAGCCCGGCCGGAGCUUGUUGGAGUCCCCCGGGCUGACCAGCGGCAGCGACACCCCGCAGCAGGACAAUGAUCAGCUGAACUCAGAAGAGAAGAAGAAAAGAAAGCAGAGGAGGAACAGGACUACCUUCAACAGCAGCCAGCUGCAGGCACUAGAGAGGGUCUUUGAGAGGACUCACUACCCCGAUGCCUUCGUACGGGAAGACCUUGCACGCAGAGUCAACCUCACUGAAGCCAGAGUUCAGGUGUGGUUCCAGAACCGGAGAGCCAAGUUCCGCCGGAACGAGCGGGCCAUGCUGGCCAGCAAGAACGCCUCUCUGCUCAAAUCCUACUCAGGGGACGUGACGGCCGUGGAGCAGCCCAUCGUACCUCGCCCUGCCCCCAGGCCCACCGACUAUCUCUCCUGGGGGACUGCCUCGCCCUACAGUGCCAUGGCCACCUACUCUGCCACGUGUACCAAUGCCAGCCCGGCGCAGGGCAUGAACAUGGCCAACAGUAUUGCCAACCUGAGACUGAAGGCAAAGGAAUAUAGUUUACAGAGGAAUCAGGUGCCCACAGUCAAUUAACAACUGGGGGCAGCUGCCUUGCAGAAGGAGAAAACACAACAGCACCCGUCCUGCUUUGCAACUUGUCUGUGCUGAAAGAAAAAAAAAAAGAAAAAGAGAAUAACAGCAACAACAAAAAAACCACAAUAAAGAUAAAAUAGAAAAAAAAAAGAAGAAAAAAAAAAGAAGAAAAAAAUGCCAACCCUCACCCAGAACUGAACACGGGGAGCAAACAGAACCUGUGAGUGAUAAGGUUCCUCCUUCCUUUUGGGAUAAUGCCACCAUUUUUUAUUUUCUUGUUAUCGUCGGGUUUAUUGCUUCUGCUCAAUAUACUGCGAGCUUCUUCAGUAAAGGACAGUCUCACCCUUGCUGGUUUCCAUUUUUGUACGGGACUGCAAAAAGAAACCUCUGCCAAUCUCAGCCCACGGAUGAGUGCCACCACCAGCACGCUGAGAUACAAAGCUUGCUCAUCUCCCCGCUGCCCCAGCUCACCCUAGAAGAAUUUGUUUGGUCACCAAUUUCCAUUAUAUCCACCCGACCCUCAUCCCUCCAGUCCCUUGUGCCACAGAGGCAGCACAUUCCUAUCAGUCUGCCAGAAGCCCAUUUAAUGCAGCAAGAUGGAUUCCUGCUGUCUGAGCUGCCUGGAAAACCUCCUUGGGCUCUGCAGAGCUCCAUUGUUUGGUUGAGUAUUCCUGGCACUGCUGCCUCAAAAAGCCAAAGAAGACAGCAAAGCCAACGUGGGUGUGUGAGCAGGGGGGUCUCUCUGUAGUGCCAAGAACAGGACUGUCAGGACACUCCUUUCUAUGCCUUACACUUUGUGCCACAGGGAAAGGCGUUGUCCAGAUGCAUUUGUUUUAUAUAUACUGUAUAUAUUUAUAUAUAUAAGAUAAUACAUGCAAGCUUGGUUGGUGUUUUUUAUUAAACAAAAUAAAACCCAUUGAAAA